AUGCCAAAGCGCUCUCACCAUGGCACUCAAGAUCUGGAGCAGCCCUCGAAACGGCGUCGCCUGGCUGGCGCAAGGUUAGAUCGGUUGUCCGACCUCAGUGAUGAACUGCUCUUGAGGAUCCUUUCAUUCCUUUCUACCGGCACUCUCGUUCUUUGCCGGAGAGUAUCCACCCGACUUAAGGCAGUCGCUACGGACUCGCAACUCUGGAAAGCCGCAUACUACAACCGUUUCGUUCGUCCCCGUGCAUUGCGGCUACCAGGCAUCAGCGAUUCGGCUAAGCACCUACUGUUCUCUUCCAAGAGUUCAAAAUGGUUGGACGAGGAGUACCUAGUACGUCGGGGGGAGACUCUCGACUGGAUGAAACAAUACAAGUUGAGACAUAACUGGACGCGAGGCAGCUGUGCUGUAAGCGAGAUCUCUAUAUCAGACUUGCCACCGGCGCCGCCUCUUCUACUACGAUACCACAACGGAAUAGUCUUCACUCUCGACUCGUCAGACGGACUUCGCGCCUGGUCCUCCAAAGAGAGACGUGAACUGCUUGCUACAUCUGUAAUUGAACCUCACACCAAGGAUGAUCUACCUACGUCGAUGGCGGUCGAUGAGUCUAAUGACCCCCAGUUUGCUAAUCAAGACAUACGCAUCAGUAUAGGAUUUCAUGACGGCAGAUUUUGUAUCUACAGCUUCCAACCAGACGUUAGACGCUUUGCCCGGAUGUAUGAGCAUGCGAGGUCGUCCAUCGGCCGCCUCUCGGCUAUGACACUACGCUGGCCAUACCUAACCACUAUGUCAGAAACGCGUCAGUUGUCUAUAUACAAAUUUGCCGAGGUGCUGGGAUCCUCUCGAGAAUACUCGCAACUUGCGCCCCCAAGACUUCUAAGUUCAUUGAAAUCUCAUACCACCUCCAAGCCCCUGUCACUAUCGAUGAAGAUUACACAUCACGCUGUUGUGGCUUCUAUUGCCUAUACCUUGCCUACCUACUUCUCAGGAUACUCAGUCGGUAUCCAAGAGGUGCGUCUCUCGCUAGAUGGAGACAUUGUCGAGUCACGGCUGGCCACAGCCGACCACGGUGUCUUUCAGCCUUUACAUGCACACCCGCAGGCCGUUGGAGAAUCGAGUACUAGCCCGAACGGCACGAACGCUCGGGAUUUUGGUAGCUUCUCGACGCCGACUUCGCUUUCGUAUACACAUCCGUAUCUUCUGGUGGCUCAUCCUGACAACACUCUUACUCUUUAUCUGGUUACGUCAUCUCUAGAAAAGCUCGCUAUUAGCCCUGGCAGUCGCCUUUGGGGCCAUACGUCAUCUGUAUCUGGAGCCCACGUUGGUGGCCGCGGCCGAGCUGUGUCUGUCAGCUGUCGAGGAGGCGAAAUGCGAGUUUGGGAGCUUGAGGGAGGCGUGUCUUCGCUCGGUAAUCGCAAACGUCUAUUGAAUGGCGAGUUGAGUAUCCGUGUUAAGACGGAUCGUGAUCUUGUUCAAACCAACCAGAAUUCACUCGAAAGUACAGAGUCUGACCGCGGCUUUGGCCUGGGGCUGUCAUGGGCUGAUAGGGUUGAAGAUUCGUCAGUGACGCGAGGUUGGGUGGGAUUCGACGAUGAAAACGUGGUAGUGCUUAAAGAGCUGGCUGAAGGCGCGCAAGCCCUGGUUGUGUAUGACUUUACCUAG